GUUCAAAAUGGCCAGGACCAAGUUUGUAGCUCUUAGCUUCGUCGUGCUACUGAGCAUUGGGUUGUCCAAUGCUGCGAGGGUAGCUAGGUAUGCUAGUGCUGGGGGCGGUGGUGGUGGAGGGGGAGGCGGCGGUGGCUCAGGGAGUGGGUCUGGAUGGGGCUCGGGCUCUGGCUCAGGGUAUGGCCAGGCAAGUGGAUCAAGUGGUGCAUAUGCUGGUGGAGGUGGUGGUGGAGGAGGAGGUGGCGGAGGCGGACAAAAUGGUGGAUCCGGUUAUGGUUCAGGAUCUGGUUCAGGGUAUGGUCAAGCUGGAGGAUACGGGCCUUACGGUGGAGGGUAUGCUCAAGCAGGUGGUGGUGGUGGAGGUGGAGGUGGCGGCGGUGGACAAAAUGGUGGGUCCGGGUAUGGUUCUGGUUCCGGUUCUGGCUAUGGCCAAGCUGGGGGGUAUGGUCCAUAUGGCGGUGGAGCAUAUGCUCAAGGAGGAGGCCAAGGUGGAGGUGGCGGUGGCGGACAAAACGGUGGGUCAGGGUACGGCUCGGGCUCUGGUUCUGGCUAUGGCCAAGCUGGGGGGUAUGGUCCAUAUGGCGGUGGAGCAUAUGCUCAAGGAGGAGGCCAAGGUGGAGGUGGCGGUGGCGGACAAAAUGGUGGGUCAGGGUAUGGCUCGGGCUCUGGUUCUGGAUAUGGUCAAGCCGGUGGAUAUUGGCCCUACGGUGGUGGAUAUGCUCAGGCAGGCGGUCAAGGCGGUGGCGGUGGCGGCGGACAAAGUGGUCCAGGCGGUAGUGGUUACGGAAGCGGCUCAGGAAGUGGAUCUGGAUCCGCCGGUGGGCACCCAUAGAACCUUCUUCUGAAUCAGUGAUGUCAAUUAAAUGCCUACAGCAAUGAUAUACUGGAGAUACAAAUAUGUUGUGUGCAUUUAAAUA